AUAUAUAUAUAUAUAUAUAUACAUAUGUAUACAUAAACGUCUGUGCGUUUUUCGUUCUUAUGCCUACUCUAUUCUAAUCUAACAAUCCUAUUAUAGAGGAAAUAUUAUCAAUUUACAUACUUAAGUAUCAUUCAUAAUUAUUUUGUAAUCAAAUAUAAAUAUAAUUGUGAACUAUUUACCUAACAGAGGAGAAAAGUGUGCACAUACAACAACAAAAAAAUUAUUCAUUCCUAUUCGUCACUCGUCAAAAUUCUCACUAUACACCUAGACACACAUACAAAAUAUAUACAUUUGUAUCUAAACAAACAACAAUAAAAUAUCUAAACAUUUACUUACAAUAAAUAAUUUAUAAGAAGUCAAUAUUCAUCUCAAAUUGUAAAUUAACAGAAAUAAUAAAUUCUUUAUACAAUUACAAAAAUUUUAUUCAGUGAACUUAAUUUACCAUUAUCAUCAAAUGAGUGUUCUACUCAGUAUGCAAAAUUCGCAAACGAUUGCAAAUUUACCCAAACAUGCGAUUGGUUCUAAUUAUUCAACAAGAAUAAAUAAUCUUUCAAAUAUUAUUAUUAGUAAUAGGGGUAAUGUUGGAUGUAGUGGUGGGGAUGAUGAUGAUGAUGACGAUGAUGAUGAAUGCAACAGGGGUAAUCAUGUAUCAGUUUCUAGUUAUUCUUUACUUUCAUCAGGGAAUGAUUUCACACAGAUACCAUCCAGUAAUAAUCAAUAUGUUGAUGCAUAUAUGCGGCAUAUAACAAAGUCAACAAGAACAAUUACAACAACAGAGAUCUUAGGUUCAGUGAAUAAUGUUAUAACACAAUCCCAACAGCGCCAACCUCCUCCUUCUCUGCCACUGCCACCGUCUCAAAAACAAUAUCUUAAAGUAUCACCUACUUCAGCGUUAGCCCAAUCAUCUCAUUCAUUAUCAGAUAACCAAAGAUCAACACUGGAAUUAAAUCCCCGAUUUCAAACAGAACAGAACAAUCGAUUGGUCUUGUUUAAGACAAAAUCAGAAAAUGUAUGUGAUAUUAUUGAUGAUAAUUUGCAAACUGUGGAAGAUUCGGAUUCAUUAGACAUUGAACUGACAGUAAAUAGUAAUAAUAAUAGUAAUAUUAAUAAUAGCCGUUCGCACCAGUCAUCAUCGUCAAUUUCUCAACAAUCAUCGGUUCAAACACGACAACAGAGACAACACAGUUUUUCUGAAUAUCAUCCACAUCAUCAUUAUCAACAGGAAAUGUUGAAUUCAUGCUCAAAUUCAAUGGAUUUAUUUAAUAAUUCCAAUGUAGAAAAUGUUGUAUGUCUUUCAAAUCAUUCACAUUUUAUGCAAACAAAUCGAGGAAACACUGAAGAUUAUGAAUUUGAUGCCAUGAAUGAAGUGACUAUGAUGCAUGGUGUAAAUUUUAAUUCACAAAUACAACAAACACAACAUAAUGAUGAACACCCUCAUUCACGCCAUCAUCAACAUGAUUUUUAUCAAUUUCCAAAUAAUUCAUGGAAAUAUCUUAACUCUAAACAGUCUUCUGUUACAAUCACUAAUCAAAGUAAUAAUAAUAAUGUUGAUAAUGAUUUACUUAAUAAAUUUAAUAUGUCUACAAAUUCAGUUGUAUCAACAAGAGAAAAUUGUAAUACUACUACUGCUACUCCUAUUAGUGCUACUAAUACUACUAUUGAUAAUAUGAGUAGUAAUGAUAGUAUUCAUGAUGAUCCACUUGUUACUAAUCAUACUUUUACAACAUCCCAUUCUAUUCGUAAUUAUCCCUCAUUUACUAAUAAUAACAUUCCAACAGGACAACUAUUAGAUUCAACAUCAUGUUAUCAUGUAUUAUCAACGAAAUUAUCAUCAUCAGCAUCGUUAUCAUCCACAUCAUCAUCGUGUACAUCACCAUUAACAUCAAGAAUUAAUAGUACAUUGAUGAUGCCAAUUAUUAAUCAACAUACAUUACAUAAUUUGCAACAAUUACAUAAAAAUGAACGUUUAUCAAAUAAAUAUUCUAAUCAAACAACAAUGAAUAUUAAUAGUAAUAAUAAUCGUCAACCAAAUAUUACUGUAAUUUAUCCAUGGAUGAAACGUGUACAUUCAAAAGCAUCUAGACAAACUGUAGGAAAAGCAUUAAAUGCUAAGCAUCAAAUUAAGAAGCAAACUGCAUUAGUAAAUCCAAUUCAACAUUUAGAAUCUGAAGAACUAAUUAAACAAAACUAUCAUCGUCAACAUACAGAACAAUUUAAAAAUAAAGAAUUAAAACCAAAUACAAAACAUAUAAACACUGAACAACAUUUAAAUUUACAUGAAACCUCUUCAUCUAUAUCACUUACACAAACAUCACAAACAACAACUAUGUUAGAUAUUCAAUCUAGCACAAUUGAUCAAGUUAAUUGGACAAGAGAUAAUCACCAUUCUCAUAUUAAUCAACAACAUCAACUAACAGAAUCAUCAACAGAUUCAAUAAAAUCAUCUAAAUGUGUUAUUGAUUCUUCUUCAUAUUCAUUAGAUGAAACUGAUGAUUUAUGUUAUAUAAAUCAAUCAAAUGAUCCUAAACGUACUCGUACAGCAUAUACACGUCAACAAAUUUUAGAAUUAGAAAAAGAAUUUCAUUAUAAUAAAUAUUUAACACGAAAAAGACGUCUUGAAAUAGCUCAUACUUUAACAUUAUCCGAAAGACAAAUUAAAAUAUGGUUUCAAAAUCGUCGAAUGAAAUGGAAAAAAGAACAUCAUUUACCAGGAAUGAAACAACGAUUGAUUGAAUCAAGGUCACCAAAUGCACAUUUUAAUAAAUUGCAUAAUAAUGCCAAUAGUAUAUCUAUUAUGAACACUACUAACAAUGGUGGUAAUAACAACAAUAUUCAUCCUAGUUUAACUUUUCAAGCAUCAUCCUCUUCAUCAUCAUCAUUAUUUUCUAAUCGACUUCACUUAAUGUCACAGGAUUUAAAAUCAGAUAAUUUAUCUAAUUGUCCAAUUACUUCUAACGAAGAUAACACUUCACUGAUGCCACCUGAUCAAUGGUCAUUAAUGGUUUCAAGUAAUUUACAAACUUAUAGCAAUUUAACAAUUAAUACACCUUAUCAUUCUUCUUUACCACCAACCCAACAUCAUCAUCAUCGUCAUACAGAUGGUAACUAUAAUCCAAUCGGUAGAGAUAGUCCAAUUCUAUCUGAUUACACAUCACCAGCAUUGAAUGUUGAUCACUUACAUAUUCAUUCAAAUCAUUUACAUAAUACACAAGAUCAUCACAAUGAUAAUAUUGGAAAUUUAUUUCAGGAUAACAAUAAUGGUAAUAGUAAUAUAGUGAAUAAUUUAAGAUAUCCUACUAUACCAGUAAAUGAUAUGCAUUUAUCAAAAGCAAUUAGACAGAAUUAUUUAUCGAAUCCAGUAGAAAUAGAUGAACAACAAAGUAUGUGUCUGACACGGAAUUAUAGUAAUCACAGUGAUUGUAGUAGUAGUAUAUGCAGUGGGCAAAAUAGUAAUUGUGGUAGUAACAGUACUGUUAAUUGUAAUAGUUAUGGAAGAGAAGCAAUUGUUUGAGAACAUUAUAUACAUAUAUAUGUAUAUAAUGUCAAAUCAUACCGCUUAGAAAAAAGUACUUAUUUAUAAAAAUACAUAAUCAUCGAUAUAUACUGAACAUUUGUACAUAUAUACAUUGAACAUUGAACAUAUAUUUGGUUGUUUAUUUGAAUUGUGAACUUUCAGUGAAUACUUCUCAUCAUCUACUUUGUUAUUUAAUAUUGUUAUAGAGAAAAAUCUUCGUAUAAAUUACAUUCCAUGUGAUGAGAACAAAUAAACAAUAUGAAGAAAUUUUUAUUAAAACAACACAUCUUACUACCACUAUUGCAACUACUACAACAACUACUACUAAUAUUAAUAGUGAUGUCAACAAUUUGAAUAGAUCAUUAUCAAUAUAUAUUACUGAAAUAAAUUAUGACUGUUCACAAUUACUUCUAAUGAUAGAUAAGUGACAUAAUACUCAAAAGGAAGUGUAUUCAUAGUUUGACACAAGUUAUCUCAUUCAGAUUUUCUUUCUUUCUCCUUUCUUUAGUUGUUGCUAUUGUUUUUGUUAUGAUGAAUUGGUUUUCAACUAAUUUCACAUUGUAACAAUGUCCAAAUACAAUCAGUAAAGACUUAAGGUAUAUUUAUGCAAGAAUGGUUUGCAUAACUUUACUAAACUCUUUAUCAUUUCUUAACAUUAUGUAUAACAAUACAAUAUUACAUGGGAUUAAUGAUGAAUGAAUAAAAUAUUAAAUUCUCCGCCGUUUUAUUUCUUAUAAAAAAUCGGUAAAAUUGAAAAUUAAGCUAAAUGAUAAAAAUCGUUUUAUUUCAAAAAGAAAAACGGUUGAAGAAGAGAAAGUAUUUGACGCCGAAAACAAAAUGAACAAAUCAAUCACAUAACCUUCUCGUUUCUUUCUUUUUAAAAAAUUAUUAUUAUUAUUAUUAAUAUCCAAUGAAAAAUUCUGUGUUAAUUAUGAUAAAUUGUGAAUAAAGUACUUUUUUCCGAAAACGAAA